AUGGCCAAACAACCUACCAUUCGUGUGCUUUUGUGCCUAGCUUUUCAUCACCAUUGGUUUAUCAAGAAGUUGGAUAUCUCCAAUGCUUUCUUAUAUGGUACUUUGGAAGAUGAGGUGGAUAUGGAUCAACCCCAAGGUUUUAUAGAUCCUCAGUACCCUUCUCAUGGGUUUCUCCUUAGUCAUUCAGAUUCCUCUUUGUUUGUCAAGACUACCUCUACCUCUAUCACCAUCAUUCUUGUAUAUGUUGAUGAUAUCUGGCUCACUAGGAGUGAUUCUACUCUCAUCAAUGCUUUUCUUGUUCACAUGCAUGAGGUCUUUUCCAUGAAGGAAUUGGGUGUUGUCUCGUAUUUCCUAUGCAUUUCAGUUCAAUCCCAUUCUCAUGGAUUUUUCCUUUCCCAACAAAAGCUAGUUGGUGGUUUACAGUAUUUAACUAUAACUAGGCCUGAUAUAACUUUAGUUGUUAAUCAAGCUUGUCAGCAUAUGCACUCUCCCUCCGUUGGACAUUUUACUGUGGUCAAAAGGAUUCUUCGGUAUGUUAAGGGCACUUUACCUCAUGGUCUCUCUUUCACGCCUGGUCCUUUUCUUCUUUAUGCCUAUACUGACUCUAAUUGGGGUGGAGACUCUGUAGAUCGCAGAUCUACAUUGGGCUUUUGUGUGUUUCUUGGUCCCAAUCUUAUUUCCUGGUCUGCUAAAAAACAAGCUACAGUCUCUAGGUCCUCUAUUGAGGCUGAAUAUAGAUCCAUGGCUCAUACUGCUGCUGAGUUAUGUUGGCUUCAACAGGUGCUCAAAGAGUUGUCCAUCUCUUACUCUUCUCUAUCUGUUCUUUGGUGUGAUAAUGUAUAUGCUAUGGCUUUGGCUUCAAAUCCAGUCUUUCAUGCAUGUUCUAAGUAUAUCGAAAUCGAUUGCCAUUUUAUUCGCGAACGGGUUGCUUCUAAAUAG